CGCGGCGCGGCGUGGCGCAGGGCGCGGCGCGGAGCGCGCGUGGGCGCUGAGCCCGCCGCCAGGGGAGGUCACCAUGAGGACUCUCCGCAGGUUGAAGUUCAUGAGUUCGCCCAGCCUCAGUGACCUGGGCAAGAGAGAGCCGGCCGCCGCCGCCGCCGCGGACGAGCGGGGCACGCAGCAGCGCCGGGCCUGCGCCAACGCCACCUGGAACAGCAUCCACAACGGGGUGAUCGCCGUCUUCCAGCGUAAGGGGCUGCCCGACCAGGAGCUUUUCAGCCUGAACGAAGGUGUCCGGCAGCUGCUGAAGACGGAGCUGGGGUCCUUCUUCACGGAGUACCUGCAGAACCAGCUGCUGACGAAAGGCAUGGUGAUCCUGCGAGACAAGAUCCGCUUCUACGAGGGACAGAAGCUGCUGGACUCGCUGGCGGAGACCUGGGACUUCUUCUUCAGCGACGUGCUGCCCACCCUGCAGGCGGUCUUCUACCCCGUACAGGGCAAGGAGCCGUCUGUGCGCCAGCUGGCCCUGCUGCACUUCCGGAACACCAUCACCCUGGGCGUGAAGCUGGAGGACGCGCUGGCUCGGGCCCACGCCCGAGUGCCCCCCGCCAUCGUGCAGAUGCUGCUGGUGCUGCAGGGCGUGCACGAGUCCCGGGGCGUGACGAAGGACUACCUGCGCCUGGAGACGCUGAUCCAGAAGGUGGUGUCGCCCUACCUGGGCACCUACGGCCUCUACUCUGGCGAGGGGGCCUUCACGCACUCCUGCAUCCUGGAGAAGCACUACCUGCGGCGCUCCCGCUCGGGGGACGUCCUGGCCAAGAACCCGGUGGUGCGCUCCAAGAGCUACAACACGCCGCUGCUGAACCCCGUGGCGGAGCAUGAGGCCGAGGGCGCGGCGGCGGGCGGCGCGGGCAUCCGGCGGCACUCCGUCUCCGAGAUGACGUCCUGCCCCGAGCCCCAGGGCUUCGCCGACACGUCCGGCCCGGGGCCCGCCGGCGCCUUCGGCACCUCCCCGUCGUCGCCCCCGUCGGGGCCCUGCCCCAGCAGACUGUACCCGCCGGCCCAGCCCCCCAAGCCCGGUCCGGGCGCGGCCCGCGGCUCCCCGGCCUCCUCCAGCCCCGAGAACCUGGUCGACCAGAUCCUGGAAUCGGUCGACUCGGAUUCGGAGGGGAUCUUCAUUGACUUUGGCCGGGGCGGCGGCUCGGGCACGUCUGAGUUUGAGGGAGCCGGGGGCCGGCAGAGCGUCGUGUGAUUCCGGCCUGGCGAUUCUACCGACCCGGCGUGUGUGUGCGGUGCGUGAGCGCGAGCGUUUUCUACUCUCCCGUCUGGACCCCUGUCGACCUCGGCCACUUUGGCCUUAAUGUCUUUGUCAGAAAGACUGUUGCCACCCCCUAGAUUACCCCCCAACCCCCGGCACCUUUGUUCUGGGGCGUCGGGGACCCAGCAGGUGCCCAGCCUUGCGUGUGUGUCUGGGCAUGGCCCGCACCCCAGCCCUCCAGCGUCCACACCACGGAGACUGUGAACCCCUCAGCUUGGCCAGGCCCCUGGAGAGACCCCAGGGGGGGUGGCUGACCCACCUUCCCUCUGCCACUUGCCUGGGGCCACAGCGAGACCACCUGUACACCACCCUUCCCCAGACCCUCCAAGCAGCCUGCCCCCGCUCUGCCCGGGGCGGCCAUGGGCAGGGGUCGGGUGGAAUAAAACCUGUCUACCUGUCUCCUGA